AUGGAAGCAGAGCCAUCAACAACAACCAGGAUUACGGAUUUGAACGAGGACUCGCUGGCUCACUGUGCCACUUACUUAACCCUUCAGGACCUCUCCAAUUUAGCCAUGACCUGCAGAUCCCUCAAACGCGUCGCAUAUUCCGAUUCCAUCUGGCAACACUGCUUCAGGGAGCACUGGCCACAAGAAGUGUCACAAACUUCAGCGCUGAGAGAAGCAUAUAUAAAACGACGUGUUGCAGUUCAGCAGUUCAAGUUUGUUGAUCCUUUGGUUGCUGACUUCUGUAUUACAGAUGCUAAACCUUUUGAUCAUAUCAUUUUGGACAAGAAUGAUAUUACCGUUUCCCAGGGCUCCUUGAUACAAAUGACAAAUAUUGAUAGCUAUUUGAAUGGAAGAGACGGUGUUACCGUGUUAAGGGAUCAUAAUGCAAGAGUUACUUGUAUGAGAUUGUUUCCCCUUAGUGAAACUUCUCUCUUUCGAAGGGAGAGACAAAGGAAGGAAAAUGUUUUGGUAACCUCAAGUUGCGAUCAUUCUAUUCGUCUCUGGUGGAAGGGUUCUUGCCAACGAUGUUUUAGAGGUCAUAAUGGCCCUGUUUCGACCUUGUCAGAUAAAUUGUUAGGUGACGGUAAUGCCAAAUUACUGGCAAGUGGUGGGGAGGAUGGCACAGUUCGUCUUUGGUCUCUUAGUUCAAGUGGAAAGCAUGGCCAACAUGCUUUAAAGGCUACACUUUACGGGCAUGAGAAGCCUAUUAAAUUGAUGUCAGUUGCCGGGCACAGAACUUCUCUUUUGGCAACUGUCUCAAAUGAUUCCAAGGUUAGGGUUUGGGAUACCACAACAUCAUCUGCUGUUCGUUCUUCAUGCUGUGUUGGAAUGACUUCUGUGCCUGGUGCACCCAUUGAUAUGAAGUGCCAUGAAUCAUUGUUAUAUGUUGCUGCUGGUUCCUCUGUUGUAGCAAUUGAUUUGAGGACCAUGCAAAAAGUUAUUACCACGGCAAUCUACCAGCCAAAGCUGUGUUCAUUUGCCAUUUCGCCUUUAAAGCCCUUGAUCUGCACUGGUGGAAUUGACAAAGCCAUGCUAUGGGAUAUAAGGAUAAACCAGAAGACUCUGAAACCUGAACCAGUGGCUGAGUUAGAUGGACACACCGGUCCAGUGACACUGUUACAUAUGGAUCCAUACAAAAUAGUUACAGGAGGGCCGGAGGAUUCUUACAUUAAUGUUUGGGAGGCUGACACCAGUACACAAACAAAUUCCUUUAUUUGCUGUCCUUCUGAGGGUGCAAGUACCAGCUCGGGCUUGGGGUGUUCAGCCAUGGCUGUGAAUGGGACGCGGAUUGUCACUGCUAGCUAUGGUGAAGAACAUGGACUGUUAUGCUUUAGGGACUUCUUCAAUGCCACUUGUCCUGUUUCGAAAUCUGAAGAUGUGCACGCUUCCAAGUUUUGGGAUUCACAGUCUCACAGUGAUGGGGAUACAGAUAGCUAG